UCCUCCUGAACCCGUGCAGACGUCGCCAAGGUUGCCAUGCCUGAGAACGUAGCUCCCAGAAGCGGGGCGCCCGCCGCGGGGCAGGGCAGCCGCGGGAAAGGCGCCUACCAGGACAGCGACAAGCCGGCCCAGAUCCGCUUCAGCAACAUUUCCGCCGCCAAAGCAGUUGCUGAUGCCAUUAGGACAAGCCUUGGACCCGAAGGAAUGGACAAAAUGAUUCAAGAUGGAAAAGGUGGUGUGACCAUUACAAAUGAUGGUACCACCAUUCUGAAACAAAUGCAAGUAUUGCACCCAGCAGCCAGAAUGCUGAUGGAGCUAUCUAAAGCUCAAGACAUAGAAGCAGGGGAUGGGACCACAUCGGUUGUCAUCAUUGCUGGCUGUCUCUUAGACUCCUGUACCAAGCUUCUGCAGAAAGGUAUACAUCCAACCAUCAUUUCUGAGUCAUUCCAAAAAGCUUUGGAAAGGGGUCUUGAAAUCCUUAAUGACAUGUCUCGACCUGUGCAACUGAGCGACAGAGAAACCUUACUAAAUAGCGUGACCACUUCAUUGAAUUCAAAGGUUGUCUCUCAGUAUUCAAGUUUACUCUCUCCAAUGAGUGUCAAUGCGGUGAUGAAAGUGAUUGACCCAGCCACAGCUACCAGUGUAGAUCUUAGAGAUAUUAAAAUAGUGGAGAAGCUUGGUGGGACAAUAGAUGACUGUGAGCUGGUAGAAGGGCUCGUUCUCACCCAGAAAGUGGCAAAUUCUGGCAUCUCAAGAGUGGAGAAGGCCAAGACUGGGCUUAUUCAGUUUUGCUUAUCUGCUCCUAAAACAGAUAUGGAUAAUCAGAUAGUAGUGUCUGACUAUGCCCAGAUGGAUCGAGUGCUCUGAGAAGAGAGAGCCUAUAUUUUAAAUUUGGUGAAGCAGAUUAAGAAAACAGGAUGCAAUGUCCUGCUCAUACAGAAGUCUAUCCUAAGAGAUGCGCUUAGUAAUCUUGCAUUACAUUUUCUGAAUAAGAUGAAGAUUAUGGUGGUUAAGGACAUUGAAAGAGAAGACACUGAGUUCAUUUGUAAGACAAUUGGAACCAAACCAGUUGCUCAUAUUGACCAGUUCACUGCUGACAUGCUGGGUUCUGCUGAAUUAGCAGAGGAAGUCAAUUUAAAUGGUUCUGGAAAACUGUUCAAGAUAACAGGUUGUGCAAGCCCAGGCAAAACAGUUACAAUUGUCGUGCGUGGUUCUAACAAACUGGUGAUUGAAGAAGCUGAGCGCUCCAUU